AAUAUCACGUGCCCCGCAUGUGUAGGCGUGGCCAUCUGGAACAGAGAUGUCAGCUCUUGAAGGCGAUUGGGGCGCUGCUCUGGACCAGCAGGAAAAUGAGCUCAGCGGAAAGGUCUCUAAGAUGGCUGUCAAAGAAAGUGUGACUCCGUCUGUGGGUAGGGGGCGUGGUCGUCCGAAAGAGGGUCAGAGUACAGCUGCAGUGGGUGUGGCUUCACAGCCUGUUGCCACACCCACUACUAGGGAUGCGGUCCCUGAAGAUGGAGAGGAGGGUGGAGAGAAGACGAUGGUGGCAGAUUCCAGUCUGUUCAACCACCUCCUGCGCACUAAGUUGGUGGACUCCAAGAACACAGUGGAGGUCCAGAGAAAGAACCCAAACUCCCCUCUUUACUCUGUCAAGUCUUUUGAAGAACUUCACCUUCACCCAGACCUCCUGAAGGGAGUGUAUGGCAUGGGGUUCAACAGACCGUCCAAGAUCCAGGAACAAGCACUCCCCAUACUCCUCUCUGAUCCUCCCUGUAACCUGAUUGCACAGAGCCAGAGUGGGACUGGCAAGACUGCUGCCUUUGUGCUGGCAAUGCUCUCUCGAGUCGACCCUUCAAAACAUCACCCUCAGGUGAUUUGUCUGUCUCCAACAUUUGACCUGGCCCAGCAGACGGGGAAUGUUCUAACACAUAUGGCACAGUACCUCUCUGUAAAUAUGGUGUAUGCAGUGAGAGGAAGUCGAGUGGACGCUAGGGUGGAGAGACAGGAACAAAUUGUGAUGGGAACGGCUGGAACAAUGUUAGACUGGGUUCUCAAGAAGAAAGUGAUAGAUGCCAAGAAGAUAAAGAUGUUUGUAUUGGAUGAAGCAGACGUCAUGAUUGACCAGCAGGGUCAGCAAGAUCAAACCAUCAGAAUACAAAGACAACUGUCCAAAGAGUGCCAGAUGGUCCUGUUCUCAGCGACGUACAAUGAGGAGGUGAUGAAGUUUGCGUCCAUGGUGAUCCCAGACCCUGUCAUUAUGAGACUUAAGAGGAACGAAGAGUCCCUCGACAACAUCAAGCAGGUGAGAGGUUAAUGCAGUCAGGAAAAAGACCUUCUCAUUCUGUAGUUCUAUGUGGCCUGCACCAGCGAAGAAGCCAAGUUUGAUGCUCUGUGCAAUCUCUAUGGAGUCAUUUCCAUCGGGCAGGCGAUGGUCUUCUGCCAUGUAUGCUGACCACACCCCAUGCAUGUUGCUAUGGUGAUGUUGUGUUUCUCUGUCAGACUAAGAAGAGUGCAGGUUGGCUGGCAGGGAAGAUGCACCAAGAGGGGCACGCCGUAGCUCUUAUCACAGGGGAGUCAACGAUAGAGCAAAGAAUCGCUGUCCUCAACAGGUACCGAGAAGGGAAGGAAAAGCUGCUCAUAACUACAAACCUGUGUGCUAGAGGAAUCGAUGUGGAGCAAGUGACUGUCGUAGUCAAUUACGACAUUCCAAUGGAUGUUCACAGACAAGUCGACUUUGAGACAUAUCUGCACCGUAUUGGGCGGACGGGCAGGUUUGGUCGCUCAGGACUGGCCAUUAACUUCGUUGACGGACGGCGCACCAUGGAGAUGGUGAAGAAGAUUGAAGAGCACUUUGGGAGGAAGAUAUCCAAAAUGGAAAUUGACGAUCCCGACAGUAUAGAGCAGGCCGUUGCCUCUUAGACCACACCUCUUCAUUGCUUUCCUAAUUCCUCUCAUCCCUUAUCUCAUAUAACCAACAUUAUCUUUUGUUAAGAGUUGUACGGGAUUUCUUACACCGUUUGGUCUUAUCCAGGGCUUAUGGUAAUGGGAAAUAUUUCCAAAGGGUUAUGUUGAGAGGCUUCUUACAUAUAUAACUGUCCAUGCAUUAAAAAAAUAAUUAUAGCUGAAUGUUGUCUUGCACCAUUUAAACUUGUCCAUGGAUUGUUUCAUUUUUAAGGUAUAUAGAAAAAUCUGUCAGCCCUCCACAGACAUCUCUGGAUGCUGUGUAGCCCUCCACAGACAUCUCUGG